UUUAAAAAUACACACAUAUAUAACUCUCUCUCUCUCUUUCUCUCUGUUUUCAUUUCAGUUUUCAGUUCUCUUCUUUAACCCUUUCAUUUCAUCUCUCAAAUUCCAACACCAAAACAAAACACUCUUUUCUUUUCUUCUCUUCGCUUCGUCAAAAUGGACCUUCUGCUGGGUCCCACUUUCACCAUCGACGUCUCCUCCUCUUCGCCGCCGCUCUACACCUCCCAACCCUCCCAAACCCAGUACGCUCGCUUCUCCGCCGACUCCUCCCAAAGUUCAUCCUCGAUCGGAACCCCGGACGACACCGACGAUGAGAACGACGCCGUUUCUUCGCAAAGAAACCAAAACAACUCAGAACACGACAACGACGACGACGAACAAGAAGAACAAGUGCACAAGACGUUGAAGAAUUUGGCCUCUCUCGAUUCCCUUGAAGACUCUCUUCCCAUUAAGAGGGGGUUGUCGAAUCAUUUCAUGGGAAAAUCGAAGUCAUUCACGGAUCUAUCACAGGUGAACACCGUGAAGGAACUGCAGAAGCAAGAGAACCCUUUCAACAAGCGAAGAAGGGUUCAGAUAGCAUCAAAGUGGUCCAGAAGAUCCUCCUUCUACACUUGGGCUAACCCAAAAUCCAUGCCCCUUUUACCUCUUCUCGAAGAUCAACAUUUCUACCAAGACAAUCCCAAAAAACUUUCACCAUCUUCAUCACUGCAAAAAAAACACCAAGAUCAAGUUACGGAGACACACCAACGACAACCUAAGUCCUAUGUUGAUCAUAUGAGGCAUAAAUUUGGGAGCUUUAAGUCUAGGAGUCUCUCGGAUCUGAAAGAACAUGAUGAUGAUGAAGAAGAAGAUGAUGAUGAUUAGUGAUUUUUGGAUUAAUAAUAUGUUUAGGUUGUAAAUAUAUUUAUCUUUUUAAUUUAGCUUAAAUGGUUUUGAUAUUAACAAAAUAUGUUUUGGCCCUCAUAUACAUAAUCUAUUUCAACUUGGAUUUUUAUUA